UUUCCAAACCCAUCAAUCAUCCAUAAAGAUAGGGCUCGAGUAGGCAGUAGUGCUAUAUUUCAAGACCACUUCAAUGUAAAUACAGCAAAAUUCUGAUUUCAUUUUACUAUAACACAUUUGUAGGUACGUCCGUGUAGCAGACGGGUGCACUCGAAAUUCCAGUAGAUCCGAUACGUAGGCUUGCGUAGAUUAACAGGGGACCAGAUGGCUAAUGCAGUCGUGAACACCACAUCGCCCAUGGCUGGGCGACGCCUGCAACGGGACGUAAGCCGGCUGCUGGCAUCGGGCCACCGUACCACUGUUGACGACGACAUGGCCAAUUUGAAUGUGGUUUUCGAGGGGCCGCUGGGGACUGCCCACGAGGGUGGCAUGUGGACGGUGAACAUAAACAUGCCGAAGGACUAUCCGUUGAAUCCGCCAAAGGUCCGCUUCAUCACCAAGAUACUGCAUCCGAACAUCGAGUUUAACACGGGCCUGGUCUGCAUGAAUGUGUUUCGGCAGGCCUGGUCGCCCAGCUACGAUCUGUUGAACAUUAUCGAGACCUUCCUGCCCCAACUGCUGCGCAACCCCAACCCGAACGAUCCACUCAACCACCAUGCCGCCGAGAUAAUGAAGCACUCGGAGGCAAUGUUCCGCGAGAACGUGAUCUCCUGCGUGAAGAUGUACGCCCGUCCCACUCCCACAUGCAGCCGGUCGGACACGUCCAAGCAGCCUCUCGAGAAGCGCUCGUCGGAUCUGAGUCUCUCCGAACUGCUCUCAGACGAUGAUGUUGAUAAAGAUUAGGAAUGAUAAAUUUUGGCUAAUCGUCCGUUAGUUCUUUGUAUCCUAUACAGUUUGUAUCAAGUUAAAUUAAAAUGUUAUAUAUAGAUGCAGAUAUCUUAGAG